AUGGGCUUGAAGGAUGAAUUCGAUCAAGGCGUUUCGCACACUUUAAAAAUAGAUUUUUCCAAGAGCCAGACAAAUGACAGUGUCUCUCUAUUUGAAACAACGAUUCGAUACUUGGGAGGAAUGCUGUCAGCCUACGAGCUCUCAGGAUCAAAAAAUACUGCACUCCUCAAACAGGCGCGAACCCUAGGAGACAAGUUACUGACAGCGUGGCCAGAUCCCCGGCAAAACCUACCCUUUCCUCAACUGGAUUUUGGGCGCAAUCGGCCAGUCUUCAAGAAGAAGAUUUCAUCUGCGGAGAUCUUGAUUGCCGAGGCUGGGACUUUGAUUCUUGAGUUGGGCCGCUUGAGCCAUCACACCCAAGACCCGAAGUAUCUGCGCCAAGCAGUCAAAGCGAUGCAGGCGAUUAUGAAUUCCCGAUCCACUUUUCCUGGUCUGGCGGGGUUUUCCCUUGCCGUUCAAAGUCAAGCAGUCAAGAAUGACUUUGCUACAUGGGGUGGAGGAGCGGACUCCUAUUACGAAUACCUCUUGAAGUAUGGGAUACUAAUAGAUAAUCAAGACGAAUCAUACCUGAAUGCAUGGAAGCUAGCCGUCAAAUCAUCAAAACAGCACCUAAUCCAGGUUUCACCGGUGCGCAAUCUCACAUACCUGGCCAGUUUCUCCUCUGAAAAAGGCGGAAUUCGUUACGAGUUCUCUCAUCUCGGUUGUUUCGCUGGUGGCAAUUGGUUACUGGGUGGGAAAGUGCUCGAUGAUCCAUCGACAUUCCAAUACGGUCUACGAUUGGUCGAAACCUGCAUGGAAACUGUUGAGUUCUUUCCAGCAAACCGAGUGAUAGGCUAUCGAGAGCUAGAAUUUUUCGACAAGAAUGGCUUUUACAUAGGUAUUGAAUCCUAUGACCUCAGGCCAGAGGUUGUUGAAUCUGCAUUUUAUGCUUGGCGCUUAACAGGCGACACGCGUUACCAAGACUUUGUUUGGGAGGCGUUCAAGUCAUUGCAAAAGCAUUGCAAGGCCCCAGCUAGUUUCGCGGCCAUAUCCGAUGUUAACUCUCUUCCAGUAAAACUCAUAGACGAUUCUGAAAGCUUCCUUUACGCAGAAUUGUUUAAAGUUGAGCGAUUCCAUUGA